AGCCAGCCGUUCCCCUACGGAAGAGCACAGAGCUCGUAGUACCGAUCUUUGGGUGUGUGUGCUUGUGUGUGCAGAGAGAGUACCGGGCCUGCAUAUUAUAUUGUAGAAUGCUGUGUUUGACGGGUGAUCUGGACAGGCAUAACUUAACGCAGUGCGGGGAGGGGGGAGAACUGUCUCCGAGGACAGACAGCACCGUAUGUUUUCAAAGUUGGCUCGUGUUUACAAACAAACGUGUCCGUGUGUGCUGGCCGACCUGCCCUUGCCUGCAUGAAUCAAGUGGAAAAGAAACUCACACAUUCCUACUAAUUUUAAGUGUUCUACAUGCAAUAUACAAUAUUCAAGUAACGUUUGGCUUGUUAGAUUUUUUAAAGCAGCGCCCAGAGAUGAAAUACCAGGAACUCCUCACUCGAGACCUGCGCCGUCAUUGGCAGCACAGUGCGGCGGUGCCAAGUCUUGGAAGCUUGGAGAUGACAAAAAAGCCACGCUUCACUGCUGUGACAUUUAAUUGUACCCUAGUGAAAUUUUAUUUGCCGCAUUUUUCAGUGUAUUAGGCAUAUGUAAGCCAACCAACGCGUGGAAAAAAGUGUAAUGUACUUGUGCUGGUAGUGGCACCACUGCGUGACGCUGCUGGCCAUAUAAGGUGAAACUUCCCCGAAAAGUGCGUGUGUUUUGAUGAAUCGAUCUGGGAGAGGAUUUUGUACCUGGAAACCUCAAUACUCGUGGAUAUACCGGCGUGACAACCUCCACAAGAGUCUGCUCCUUCCCCAGAGCACAGCAGCAAGGUGUGUGGCGGGGUAUGCGGUGUGCUGCUGGCCGCGGGGUGCUGCUGCUUGCUGCACGGUGCCUUGGCUAGCUGCUGCUGGCCUUGGAGCGUCACCGAGGCCUUGUGCUGGUACCAGAAUGUCCCUUUGGAAUAGAGCACAACAGCUGCCGCCAGAUGCCCUCCGUCAGGUACAAAAUGUCUAUGGUGAACAGUUCCCCAUCGAGGUGCGGCACUACCUUGCAGGAUGGAUUGAAGACAAAAUGCAUCAGUGGAAUGAAAUAGAUCCAGAAAAUGUAUCCCACAGUCAGUAUGCCCACACUUUAAUAACCCAGCUGAUCCAGGAGCUGGAAAACAAAGCACUCAACUAUGGCAGCAAUGAGGACCUAUUCUUGGUGCGGAUACGCCUUGAUGAAGCUGCUAAUAUGUUUAAGACUCGCUACCUGAAUAACAACCCCUUAGGACUAGUGUCUAUCAUCCGUGAUUGCCUCAAGACUGAGCUUCACUUAGUUCAGCAGCACGAAAAUAUGCUGGGCAUUUCACAUACAGCCAGCAUGGUAAUGGAGCCAUGUGCAGAGAUAGUCAGUGAACUUGACAUCCUGCAUCGACGUACCAGAGAAACAGCAGAUGAACUCAGGCAGUUGGAGCAAGAACAGGAGUCCUUUGCUCUCCAGUACCAUGACUGUACAAAAAUCAAUGCACAUCUAUCACAUAUCCAAAGUCAAGAGAAAACUCAGCAAAAUCGAGAAAUGGAAGCCAAUUUAAGAAGAAGAAAAGAAUUAGGAGAGCAGCAACUAGCACAAAAGGUCUCAGGGUUACUUCAGAGACGAAUGGACUUGGCAGAGAAGCACAAAGGGACCAUUGACAGACUCAACAUCCUCCAACAGCGUAUACUCGAUGAAGAACUCAUCAACUGGAAGAGAGAACAACAGAUGGCAGGCAAUGGAAAAUCAUUCAAUUCUGGAAAAUUAGACCAGAUUCAAGAAUGGUGUGAAGCAUUGGCAGAAAUUAUAUGGCUUAAUCGGCACCAGAUAAAAGAGUGUGAACGACACCAGACCAAAAUACCCAUCACCCCCCAUGGAGGAGUGGACAUGUUGCCGACCCUCAACUCCCACAUCACCCGCCUCCUGUCCUCGCUUGUUACCAGCACCUUCAUCAUAGAGAAGCAACCUCCACAAGUCAUGAAGACCAACACUAGAUUUUCAGCAACUGUCCGCCUGCUGGUGGGUGGCAAGCUUAAUGUGAACAUGACCCCACCUCAGGUUAGGGUGUCCAUUAUAAGUGAGGCCCAGGCCAAUGCUCUCCUGAAGAAUGAUCAGAUGAGCAAAGGUGAAAUGUCAGGUGAAAUUCUCAACAAUACUGGCACCAUGGAAUAUCACCAGGGCUCAAGGCAGCUCUCUGUUAGUUUCCGAAACAUGCAGCUCCGCAAAAUAAAGAGAGCUGAGAAGAAGGGGACAGAGUCAGUUAUGGAUGAAAAGUUUUCUCUACUCUUCCAGUCACAGUUCAGUGUUGGAGGUGGUGAGCUGGUUUUCCAAGUGUGGACUUUGUCACUCCCUGUAGUGGUGAUAGUUCACGGCAACCAAGAGCCUCAUGCAUGGGCCACAGUUUCGUGGGAUAAUGCAUUUGCUGAGCAAGGGCGCAUACCGUUUACAGUACCUGAGAAGGUUCCAUGGCCACAAGUUGCUGACAUGCUUGAUGCAAAAUUCAAAUCUGCAACAGGAAGAGGGUUGACAGAAGAUAACCUGAAGUUCUUAGCUGGAAAGGCAUUCAGGAGUCCUCAAAUACAAGAUUUCACUAAUAUGAUGCUGUCAUGGUCACAGUUCUGCAAGGAGCCUCUGUCAGAACGGAACUUUACUUUUUGGGAGUGGUUCUUUGCUGUUAUGAAGGUCACCAAGGAGCACUUGCGCCAACCGUGGAAUGAUGGCUCCAUCAUGGGCUUUGUGGGACGCCCACAGGCUGAGGAAAUGCUUAAAAAUUCCAAGUCUGGCACUUUUCUCCUACGCUUCUCUGACUCAGAACUUGGGGGAGUCACAAUUGCAUGGAUGUAUGAAGACACCACUAAAGCUUGUGAUCAGAGGCAGGUAUUCAUGCUUCAGCCUUUUACCAGUAAAUCCUUUGCCAUCCGUCCACUGGGUGAUGUGAUAGCAGACCUUAAAUACCUCCUGUACCUGUACCCAAACAUACCUAAAGAGCAAGCCUUUGGCAAGUACUACACCCCUCUAGGGGAGACUACUCCUCAAGGCAGCAAUGGAUAUGUAAGGCCUCAUCUAAUUAUUAAUGUCCCAGGAUGGACAGCAACAGGGUCAGGGGAAUCUUACCCCAAUACUCCACAACCAAUGUAUCCAAUGCAUGAUGCUGGACUUGGAGAUCCACCCUCUGUAAGCUCCAACCCAUCUGAUUGUGUCUCCACUGACCAAAAGCCUUCGUUGGAUUCUCCUUUAUUUGACGCAGCCAAUGUCCUCUCAGACUUCCCAAUGCCCCCCUACAACGAUCCUGAUUAUCCUGACAUCCUGGAAAACCUGCCAGACCCAGACUUCUCUAACUUCAGCCUCGACUUCCUCCAAACCAACUUUAUGAAACAACAGUGAAGUCAGAGUAAUCUUUGAUUUAUAUGUUCCCCAUUGUAUGCCAGUAUGACAAACAGUGAUUUACUUGAAAAGUGGAAAAAUUGCAACUUGUUUGUAGUGGAAAAUAUUAUUUGCUUGCUGUUCACAAGUAAUGGAUGUUAAGAAAUAUUAUAUAAAUCUUUUCAUAGAUUGUCUGUCAUAAACUUUGUGAAUAUUUAAUGUUUGUAGGAGUUCCUAUUGGGGUGAUGUAUUAUCUAACAAGAAUGCAAUUGUGCAUAUGGAAGGUCAUAAGUAGUUUAAUCCCAUUUUGCUAUAAUUCCAUAAUAAUAAUUAAAAAAAUUAUUUGGGUUAGGUUUAACAGACUUUGCUCUUGCUUUGGAAGAAGCUAAGUUUUGAUGUGCAGGUACUUCAAAGUAUCACACUCCUCAUUUGAGCUUUGGCCUAAAACCAUUCAGCUACUCUGCAGUCAGAAACAGUCAGUUGAGACUUGUCAUUCAUGCAGGAUGUUUCCCUUAGAAAUAAUUGUUAUGUUUACUUUUUCUUCAUGCAUACAACAGUUGCUUAAUGGAUUGAAUCAUGCAAAAGCUAUUUAAUGAUAUAUUAUUCAAAGAAACAAUGUUAAAGGUGUGUUGGGUUUAUUUCCUUGCAGGACUGAAUCUUAAAUAUUUUUAUAUGUAAAAAGUCUUCCCAGGCUCAGUUCUGAUAAGGUUUGAUAACCUUUGUUAAACAAGUUUUUAUUACAACUGUGUAAUAACGAUCAUUGAGACCCAUUCUAAUAUGAAUAUAAAGGGAGCUACUCCAGGUGAAUUAUAACAUCAUUCAAAAGAGUAGUUUUCCAUAAUUGACUUUCCUCAUUCACAGAAAUGAGUUAUCAAACUUGAGUCAUGGGUGAGAGGACUCAAAUCUGCUUAAUAUUAGCAGUGUUGAUAUGCCAGAACCCUCCUGUUUUUUGGUACUUUUUUUUAUGAAAUUUGCAAUUUAUUUGAAUUUGCUGUACAAAUACAAUAACUUAGUAGCUAUGCUAACAUGCCAAAAGAUUAGAUUGUAUGUAGAGUCACAACAAAUGUUCUGAGAAGGUGAAAUAUAAAAAAAUGCAAGUUUUCCAGGAGAUUAACUAGAAAUGAAGAAAAAUGAAAAUGUAAUUGAUAUUCGAGCAUUUUUAAAUAUUUUAGUGGAAUCUUAAGAACCAUGUACAUAGAUCUUGAAAAAAAAUAUUAGCUACACACACACACACACACACAACACACACACACAACACACAACACACACACACACACACACAACACACAACACACACACAUACACACACAAAUUUAAGUAUCAAUUCUUUCUGUGGUGAAGAAAGUGAUGUUUUAAAUCCAGAAAACUCAAGAAUAUAUAUAAGUGAUGAAGGACCAGAAAUAUUUAAACAAAAAUGGCUAUUCAAAGAGAAUAAUAUGAAACACACUAACCAUAAAAGAAUUAUCCGUUAUAAUGGUAGUCAUCCUAUCAAGACGUAACUAGUUGUACAUACAUCCCAGACUAGAAAUAGAUGCAUACUCUUACUUUUUAUGUCUAUAUGUAUAAUAAUAUGUGUAUGUAUGUUAGUAAGUAUUGCCUUAGAAGCCAAUGCCUCCGUUUCUCACUAAAGCUGAUAUUCAAAUUUAUAAGAACUUCAUGGAAAUAGUCAUAUUGGAAAAUAUUUAUUGGGCAACUAUGAUGGUGAUAAACUCUAAGAAGCUUUGCGAGGCAUUUGACGUUGCACCCCACCUCUUUUUGGUCUCUGGUGUGCAUUCCCAUGCAUAUCAAAGUGUUUGCUUUAUGGCAAUUUCACAAUAUUUAUUUAUUUUUUAAGAAUAAAAUGAGAAAAGUAUUAUCAUAAGUGGAAUUGUGUGGACAGCAGUUUCUUAAGAGAUUUCUACCAUGGUCACUUCCUUGAGAGUGUUCAAGAAGUAGGCGAUGAGAGUGAUAAGUUUACUGGUGCCAACAUAUAAUGUCCUCAAUUGUUUAUUAGGACGAAUUGCCAACUUUUGUUUCCUUUGUGUUGCUACUAUUUUCUCCAGGGGCUCAUGUUAUUUACCAUCCAAGGGAAAAAUAAGAUUAAUGUCAGUUUGCUGAAUGAAACAAUAUAAGAAAUAUUUUAAUAUAUUAUGCAAGUGCAUGUACAACUCCCAUCCAGGGUUCCAUGUACCAUUUUUAGGCAUUCUUCAAAGAAAGAAACAAGGUGAUGGAUGCAGUUUGAUGAAAAUAUCUAGUAAAUUUAAUAAUUUGUUUGUGCUAAUCAUGUGUGAUAACAAAUUUAAGGCAAUUUUGGGUUUGGCUUUUCCCACAACCAAUUCUUUUGGACCCUGUUUACAGACGUGGGGGUUCCAUAAGUAAUAGUAAGUAUUUCUUGCGAAGGACAUUUUUUUGUCUUUAUGUACUUGAAAGCCUUAGAAAUGUUCUGAAAUUAUACAUCAAAUUAUCAGCACUUUUCAUAUGAUGCACCAUUCCCUCCAAAUUCACUCAAGGUCUUCAUUCGUCCAUCUUCAUCCUGUCCACACAUCAGCAUAAUUUUCCCUCUUGUUUACGUCACUUUCCACUGUGUAUGUGAUAGCAUUGUGCUAGAUGAUAAAACAUGGCUGUCAAAGUUUUUAACUGGCCUUGAUGUCUGCAUAUUAUUUAGUAAAAGAAAUGCAGAAGUUAGGGAAGGAGAGAGAGAGAGAGAAAGAGAGUAUUAGAAAUUCUAUAAAAAAAUUCUUCCUUUCAGAAGCCAGUGUAUGUUCAGUAGUGGUGAGAGAAAGGUAUAUUAAGAAAAUUUGCAGUUAAAAGUUUACUUCAUAAGUAGUACAUGUAGGCUGGAGGAUUAAAGAAUACAGGUAAAGUUGGGACCAUAUACUAUAGCUGCACUCGGCCGUGGUGCUCACUUCUGUAUCAUUGGCCCUUAAGCCUGUGGUGGGUAAGAACCCUGUAACCUGGGACACAGGGCUGAUGCAACAUCCAGGCUGCCACAGUUUACCUUCCCCAGGUUUCCUUAGGUACCCAUAUAUUGACCAUCCUGAAAGGAAGGCUGAACAGCUGAGUGGACUGCGUGCCAACUGCCCAGGUCAGGGUUCAAACCCAAGCCUGCAGCUUUGAAGUAACGCAUGCUAACCAUUGCACCAAGGAAAUGCUAGACAAGGUGGAGGGGGCAGCAAAUAAAAUGUCACAUGCUUCAUAUGCCUGUGCUCCUUCAGACUUCUUCAACACAUGUUGUGGUUGUAGCAGCAGCUCGUUACACAUUUCAUAUGGCUAUACUCAUAUACAACAAGAAAUCUUUGUUUCGUGAGAAUCGUCAGAACACUGAAAUUUCUGUCGCACAACUUGUCUGUCUCAUCCUUCAGUCUUCUGGCAUGUAUGUGAUUAAUAUAAAAAUGACAUGUU